AUGGACGACGGAAUGCAAAAAAAAAAAAAGCAGUGCAGUGUGACCUGUGGUGCUGGGAUCAAAGUGCGAGUGGUGCAUUGUCGCAGUGUGCGUGGCGACGUUUUGGACUCGGCGUUUUGCGAUCCGCAGUCUGAGCCGUCCAUGGUUGCCGAAUGUCUGUUGUCGCCGUGUCCGGACGACGUGUUCCGCAACGACGUUUUCGGCGUGACGAAGCCGCAAGUGCCUCAUUUGCCAAAUUACCGCACCAACAGCCUCGGCAACUCUGUCUACAACUCCGUCCAUGGCGAUGACGAUGACAGCAUCGACAUCGUGAGUAUAGAAACCAAGCCCAUCCACGGCUACGACCAGCACAGACCACGGCUGAACAAGCCGUCGCCCAACUACGACACGACGUCGUCGAAACCAUCGCCGCUGAACCCGCACCCUCAUUCCUCGGAACCCAAUAACAAGGGCCAUCAGAAGCCCAUCUACUUCCUGCCACCCCGGUACUCGCCCGUCGGCAACAAAUACACGGGCGACGAGAAUUCAGUGGGCGAACCCGGCGAGGACGAUAGGUUCGACGACCGGAAGUCCGGUAAAGCAGAGGACCACGAGAUUCUCGCUGAAGGCGGGGCUCACUGGGUUCUUGGGCCCUGGGGUCGGUGUUCAUCUAGCUGUGGUGGAGGAUCCGAGCGCAGGAUGGUGAGCUGCAAGUCGAAGAACGCAGGAAGGAUCCUUCCGGACCACAAAUGCUACGGAGUGGAUCCCCCCGUUGUGACCCGGGCCUGCGGGCUCGACUCGUGUCCAGAUUGGAAGACCGGGAACUGGUCCGAGUGCUCUGUCACUUGCGGUCAAGGCUAUGAGGUGCGAAAAGUUGCCUGCAUGUUGAUGGAGCGGGAAGAAGUGGAUUCGUCCAAGUGCUCCAAGUCGAGGCCGACGAACCAGAGGACUUGCAAAAUGCCGCCAUGUCUUUAUUCUGGACAGCAAAUCGUGCACACUGAGCAUGAGCCAAAUAAGGCGGAUUCGCACCAAUGGAUCACUGGAUCCUGGGGCGAGUGCUCCAACACUUGUGGUGGAGGAAUGAAGCUGAGGCAGGUGGUUUGUCAGGAUGAGGAAGGCAGAAGCAGUGAGAAGUGCAAUUUGCAGACCAAACCCAGGGAAACCUUGCACUGCAAUAGUGAUCCAUGCCCUGCUUGGAAUUUUGGAGAUUGGGGAUCAUGCAAUAACACCUGCAAUGGUGGCUACCAAAUGAGACAAGUGCAAUGCCAAAAUCAUUUGGGGAUGCAUUUACCAGACCACAACUGUGAUCUUCUGCACAGACCAAAGCCCAUGCAGACAUGCAAUAUUCAUGCCUGUCCUGAUGAAAACACUGCAGCCUUGAACUAUGAGUGGAGAAACAGUUCUUGGGGGAAGUGCAGCAGGACCUGCAACAGAGGGGUUAAGACGAGGAUGGUGUAUUGUGUGGAAAAACGGAACCCUUCAGUUGUGGUUCCGGACCAAAUGUGCUCCAGCCACAAGAAACCAAAGACAGUUCGAGGUUGUGCUAAAAAGCCUUGUCCGUAUUCCUGGGAAGUCUCAGAAUGGUCAGAAUGCAGUCACACUUGUGGUCCCGGAAUCCAGUAUCGCACUGUGAAGUGCCACCGGGUGAACCACUAUGGUUGGGUCGACCCUGAUCCCGUCAACCGUGGUUGCAAUGACACCUUCAGGCCCAGAAAUGUUCAAGACUGCAAUUUGAGUGAUUGCAACGCAGCUUACCAUUGGGUUACCACUGAGUGGAAGGAGUGCUCUGAAAAAUGUGGACACAGAGCGAAACAACGAAGAAGGGUCCGAUGCGUGGACAGGGCCGGAAACAAAAAGCCCAAGAUUUUUUGCGAAAGGUCCAGACGACCGUCCAGAAAACGACCAUGUAAUCGACGACCAUGCGGGUAUUACAGUUGUUCGGAAGUGAAACGCUUGCAGAACGUGACGAUGGAUGGUGAUCAGAUUUUGACUGUUGGCGGUCGUAAUGCUACUUUCUAUUGCUAUGGCAUGAGUACCGACAGUCCAGCUGAGUACUUGACGCUGAUCACCGGUGAACGGGAAAAUUAUGCAGAAAUUUACAACAAAAGAUUAAUUCAGCCGGAAACUUGUCCUGAUGGCGGGAAUCGACGUGAAAAUUGCGCUUGUUUCGAAGAAGACGACAAAAAGCAGCGUGCUGGGUUGACUGUGUUCUCUCGCAUUCGUGUAAACGUCACUUCUCUUCGAGUCAACACGCACGAUUUCGUGUUCACGAGGCAGUUCAGUGGAGAAAGAAUACCACUGGGGGAAGCAGGGGAUUGCUAUUCGUCUGCCAAUUGUCCACAAGGAAGGUUCAGCAUAAAUUUGGCAGGCACGGGGUUCCGAGUGGCACCGCAUACAUCCUGGGUUGGUCGAGGCAACCGGGCCUCGCACUGGAUCAACCGCCUCGAGAGGAUUGGACCACCAGAAGAUCCAGGGCAGGUGUGGCGGGUAUUGCGGGACUUGCAGCCCGGACCUGCAGACCGGGCUGAAGCUGGACGUGAUGCCGCCUUGACGACCGCGUCGAUCGCCGACGUUCACUCAUCGACACCCCCGUCGCCGUCGUCGUCGUCGUCGUCGUCGUCCUCCGCAAAAAUGCUGAGAGUUUCGGCGAUUUCAAAGGUGCUGGAAAUGCUUUACGGGGAACUAAGCAUGGAAGAAGAAGAAAUGAAGGCGGGGAAAAAUGAGGAAGGCAGACGGGAAAGAGUCGUCAGGAAAACCAGAGAGCUGUACAUAAAUAUGCUUGGCCACGUCGCUCACCCAGCUUUUCCCUCAGAAUUCUUGAAAUCAACGUGGCAUUAA